UCAAGAGCGGCGCGUGGCUAAUCAACAAUCCUAAAUCGACACUUGACUCCACGUGUUCUAGAUUCAGAUGAUCAAUCACAUUGCGGAAAAUUGCAUUAGACAGCUAAGAUUGGAUUAUAUCGCACCAUUGGCACAACUUUUCAAUGACGCCUGCAAUUUUCAUGUUAAGGAAAUUACUCUCUUUCCACAAUGUUUGUCAAUGGAACUCCUUGGAGUGCUCCUCAUUUGGUGUGCUCGUAAGGAAGUCACAUGUUAGAGGGAGAGAUGUCACCAAAACAAAUUGAUAAAGUGAGUGUCAUGGGGAAAAUUCGAGCCACUCUCUGAAUGGCGGUGUUCUUGCUCCACGAAGCGCUCCGAGGAGACAGACAUUGAGGAACAGUCUCGUGGUGUGGAGAUCUCACUGGGUGAAACCCUCUUAAUAGAAUAAACUGAUCCGUCAGUGUCAGUUAGCAGAGCGGAGUGAGAUUAAUGAGCUUGCUCUGCCAGAGGAUCACUUUAGUUGAUUUACAACUAAAUCAGUCUUCGGCGUGGCGUUGAUGUGAAUAUUUUUAUUUGCUUAUUGAAUUUUCGAGAGGAUCACGCAUCGUUUUCCCCGUGAAAAAAAGUGUUCUUUGUGUGGAGUGGCGAUCAUGAAGUGUUUACUCAUUAUUGUGAUAUUCCUGCUGGUGGCAGGAGCGGUGAUUCAUGGCCAGAGAAUGGGAGGAUUGAGGGGCGGUCGUGGGCGUGGAAGACUUAAUUGGAACAGCGGAAGAAUUCCCACAAAUAUUCAGCAUCGAUCACCAUCGGCAGUCACAUAUUAUGACAACAAGGACGGUGCGAAGAUCGUCAAGUCGUCGCACUUUGAAUUUGACUACAUGCUGGGCAGAAAGAUCACAUUCUUCUGCAUGGCCAUUGGAAUCCCGCGGCCAGAAAUCACUUGGUUCAAGGAUGGGGCUGAGCUGUAUCAGCACAGAUUCUUUCAGGUACACGAGUGGACAAUUGGCAAUGAUACGGUGAAGUCUAAAAUGGAGAUUGACCCAACGACGCAAAAAGAUGCCGGUUAUUAUGAGUGUCAGGCGGACAAUCAGUAUGCCAUCGAUCGGAGGGGCUUCCGCACGGACUACGUGAUGAUCAACUACUGAUCGACUGGACUCGAGGAAACGCACAACUAAAUUAUUCCCCCUUUUGCACAACAUCAAAUUUAAAUGCUAUUUAUGAAGAAGUAAAAAAAAAUCUAGUGUAUUUCCCCAAAGAUUGAUACUAAUUUAUGCACUCAUUGAAUAAAUGGUGGAAAUUUUUACAAUAA